UUUAUUUUAAGGAAAACUGAAAUUCGCGCUAGUCCACCAAGCCGACUUUCGUAAAAUGGCGCCCUUAUGCAUUUUGACAACCUUCACUACGAACAACUUCAAAGUGAGCGGGCUUGUGUUAACGUGGUAGCCAGCGCCACAUAUGGGUCGCCAAGAAAAACUCGCGAUGUCCAGGCCUGGCGGGGCUGGCCUUUGACCACGGGCACGGAGUGAGAGAGAGAGAGGCCGGCGGUUUCGCCAAGUUUCGCGUGAUGCGGAGUGGAGGGUCUGUUUGAAUGGGUGCGGCAUUCGCUUCCUUUCGUCUUCGUGUCCCAGGCCAUGUGUUCGGGGAGCCUAGAAACGCCGCCAUAAACACGCCACGACUUCCGGCCCGACGCUUUGGGACUCCGACACUCUUCGAACCCUUCCGCCUCCGCCUAGCCCGUCGAAAGCUCCCCGAGGUUCGGGUGGUUGGUCCGGAGCGCGAAAGAUCGCCCUCCCGCGUCGGCGUGACGUCUCCGGUCGGCCAGGCCAAUGGGAUAUUUGCUAAAUAUUUGCGUGCGCAGCGGUUUUAAAGGUCAUGAACUCUAACCUUCCCGUGUCGCGGAGACUUCGACGACGCUGCCGCCGGAGCAACAAGCCGCGGCGCGCCCGGGUACCGCUACGCCGCCCGCCUAGCGUGACGACGACUCGCUUGGGGUCACACCGCCGGCGCAGCAGGCAAGGUCAGUUGCGUGGUCGCCGUGCCCUUUGCGCCUGGAGGAAAGUCGCCCGUGCAACCUGUGACAACCGGCCUGCGGCGGUCAGCUCGAGGGCCAGCGAGCUCGGCGCAGCCACAGAGGUGCGCGUCAGCUGCACGCGUGUGCCGCCUGCCCGUCGUGCUGCGCUGACCCGUCGCAGCACUCCGGCUGUCAUCGCGCUGCCAGCACCGUCGCCACAGAGCAGCAUUUCAACCAAGCGGUGCAGCAUGCAGUGCUGAAGGCAGCACUUGAGGAGUCCAGUCAAUGGCGUCAGUGGACUCUCAAGACAGUGUGGAUGUCAAGGAGGAGCGACGCAGUCCUACGUCGCUGGCUGGGGGAUCAGACAAUGGGAGCAGCCCUGGAAGCCCCGAGUCUGGUGAAACCCAGGAAAACGGCGCAGCGCUUGGUGCAGAGUGGCUUGCGCUGCGGUUGCAUGAACUGCAAGAACCGCGGCGUGGUGCUACGGCGGCCACAGCAUCUGUGCUUCCCGCGUCGAACGUCAUCGAACAGUGCGUGGUGUGUGGGGACCGGGCGUCAGGGCGUCACUACGGUGCUGUGAGCUGUGAGGGCUGCAAAGGCUUUUUCAAACGCAGCAUCCGUAAACAGCUAGCUUACACAUGUCGUGGCAGCCGGGACUGUCAAGUGACAAAGCACCACCGGAACAGGUGCCAAUACUGCCGGCUACACAAGUGCCUCUCCAUGGGCAUGCGCGCCGACUCUGUGCUGCCCACACCCCUCACCUCUCUCCCUGACCCCACAACUGCUGUGACCUACCCUGCCCCCUUGCUGCUGACGGCAGUCUCACACACAAUCCCCGGUGGUGGUUCUACACUGAGGCUUUCACGCCACAGGGUGGAAGCUGUGCAGUCGGAGCGCAAGCCCAGCGCAGAUUCGGCCAGCCGAUGUGAAAAAGGUGCAAGCACACUCCUCACAUCUGUGGGUGGCCUCUCAAGCCACGCAGUGAACAUGGCUCAUAGGCAGGUGCCGCACGCAACAGGCCCCGCACAGCACGAACAGCAGAACUCAAAAGCAAGCAGCAACAAGGAUGGUCCUAUCCCGGUGGGCACCAGUUGGGCACCUUGGGACGAAGAUGGCGAAGACCAGGCUGCUGAUGAAGAGUCAUACUCAAGGUCGAGACUGAGCCCAUCGUCUGGACCCCUGAUCUCAGAGGAGCAGGCUCUCUUUCGUGUGACCCUUCCAACGACUCCGUUGGGUGGUGCACUCAAUGUGCAUUACGUCUGCGAGAGCGCCUCCCGCAUCUUGUUUCGCUCGCUCUUAUGGACACGUACCUUGCCGGCAUUUGAGGAGCUGCCGGCAUCGCUCCAACUGGCACUGGUGCAGUCAGCGUGGAGUGAAAUUUUCACCCUGGGGCUGCUCCAGUGUGCAGAGCAGAUGCAACUCUCUACACUGCUGUCAACGGUGGUGACACACCUGAACGCCAAGGGUGGCCCUGCCAGUGAUAUCAUGGGCAGCUCUCAGCGUGCCCAGGUGUCCGAGCAUGUGGCUUCUCUGCAGCGCCUCCUCAUGGCAGCGCAAAGGUUGCAGCUCGAUGACCAGGAAUAUGCCUUGCUAAAGUCUCUGGUGCUUUUCUGCCCUGACCGGCCCGGCCUGGGGCCGGAGUGGUGCGCACGCCUGGAGCGGCUCCAGGAGCGCACCUGCCGGGAGCUCGAGUUGCACUCAAGUGCCACCGGUGGGACCUGGAGUGGGAGCCGUGCGCACCGGCUUUUGUUGCAGCUGGCACCCCUACGUGCCUUGCAGCCCUCGCUGACCGAGGACCUCUUCUUUGCGGGCCUCAUUGGUAGCGUGCGCAUCGGCAGCAUCCUGCCUUUCAUCUUGCGCAUGGACCCUCAGCAGCUCGAGCGGGGCAUGAAGUCUGAUGCAGUAAGCUGAGCAGUGCUUCCUUUGAAGACUAAGGGUGCCUUUCUACUGCAGCCAGGAGUGCCUUUAUUCAAAAGUUGUCACGAACCCGGUGAUAUACUCAAGUCAAGUGCAGAUAUUAAAGAAAAAAAGAUAUGCCUGGACGGGCAACAUUUCCAAGAAACCUACUGACCGUGAUGUUCAUACACAUAUUUUUAUUCCUGUAAAGCACAAGCCAAGUUUGCGCUUUGGAACAUUUCUUAUACACAUAUGUUGCACACAUAGCAGCGCCAGUACGACGAAUUCAACACACGCAAUGUUCUUAUGUAAAAAUGAAAACAUUAAAAUCGUACAUAUAUAUUG